CCUAUAACAAAAGGCGUGGUAUGCAUGCCCACGUGAAAACAAAAUGGCUACAUCCAAAGUACUCUGCAGAUACUACAUGAGUAACUGCUGCAGCAGAGGAGCUUCUUGUCCUUUCUCUCACGACACAAAAGAUACCCCAGACUCAAUUUGUCGUUAUUAUCUAAAAAGUGCUUGUACUUACGGUAACUCUUGCCGUUAUGUUCACCAGAGACCAAAGUCGUCCCAGCCCUCCUCUACAAGGAGGACUGUUUCGGAACCCCCACUGCCAAAAAUCCCGGGCCCGGUGUCACUGGCGGCUGCAGCCGGGCUUGACAUUCAACCAGAAUCUGGACUUGUAACAUUGGUGAAAGAUCCAACUAGGAAGCCAUCAGAAUGGGUCAAGGCACCUGAAUUCAUACCAGGGUCAGUAUAUCAUGGUGGGCCCACAGCAUCAAAUACAGAUCCAAAUCUUCUAAAAGAUGAGGGAGGUUAUGAUGAAGGAGAAGACGAGUAUUUCUUUUCAUAUUCUCAAGUUGCAAUGCUUGGAUUAAAUGAUAAUGUACAUGUAAUGGAUGAAAUAUCUACCGAAGACGCUUCUGACUUGUUGUGUCCAUUUUAUGAGAUGGUUGGUGUAUGCCCCUGGGAUGAAAGGUAA